UACUUGCCAGGUGCCCGGGCUGGGCCUCUGGGGCAUUCUCAGGACCCCCGGCCCCCGGCCAGGCUGGGAGGGCUGAGAGCAGUUUUCCUCUGGAGGGCAGAGGACUUCCACUUCCGUCUGCCUCUCGGGGCCUCCUGGGCUGCGCGAAUCAGAAGGCAGGCCACCAGGGACUGUCCCCCUGUGGGAGGACUGGCGGGACUGUGGAGUUAAGCCACCAGGAAGUGCACAGGCGUCCGACACGCUCCUCCCUCCCUGCAGCCCCAGGCAGCAUCUCCCCGAGGCUCCGCGUCCCAGGCUCCUGGUGCGUCUGCCGUGCAGGUGGCUCCUGGAAGACCCUCAGCCUGCCUGCGAGGCCAUGUCGGACUACGAGAACGAUGAUGAGUGCUGGAGCGUCCUGGAGGGCUUCCGGGUGAUGCUCACGUCGGUCAUCGACCCCUCGCGCAUCACGCCCUACCUGCGGCAGUGCAAGGUCCUGAACCCCGACGAUGAGGAGCAGGUGCUCAGUGACCCCAACUUGGUCAUCCGCAAACGGAAAGUGGGCGUGCUCCUGGACAUCCUGCAGCGGACCGGCCACAAGGGCUACGUGGCCUUCCUCGAGAGCCUGGAGCUCUACUACCCACAGCUGUACAAGAAGGUCACGGGCAAGGAGCCGGCCCGUGUCUUCUCCAUGAUCAUCGACGCGUCCGGGGAGUCAGGCCUGACUCAGCUGCUGAUGACCGAGGUCAUGAAGCUGCAGAAGAAGGUGCAGGACCUGACCGCGCUGCUGAGCUCCAAGGAUGACUUCAUCAAGGAGCUGCGGGUGAAGGACAGCCUGCUGCGCAAGCACCAGGAGCGGGUGCAGAGGCUCAAGGAGGAGUGCGAGGCCGGCAGCCGUGAGCUCAAGCGCUGCAAGGAGGAGAACUACGACCUGGCCAUGCGCCUGGCACGCCAGAGCGAGGAGAAGGGCGCCGCGCUCAUGCGGAACCGUGACCUGCAGCUGGAGAUUGACCGGCUCAAGCACAGCCUCAUGAAGGCCGAGGACGACUGCAAGGUGGAGCGCAAGCACACGCUGAAGCUGAGGCACGCCAUGGAGCAGAGGCCCAGCCAGGAGCUGCUGUGGGAGCUGCAGCAGCAGAAGGCCCUGCUCCAGGCCCGGGUGCAGGAGCUGGAGGCCUCCGUCCAGGAGGGGAAGCUGGACAGGAGCAGCCCCUACAUCCAGGUACUGGAAGAGGACUGGCGGCAGGCACUGCGGGACCACCAGGAGCAGGCCAACACCAUCUUCUCCCUGCGCAAGGACCUCCGCCAGGGCGAGGCCCGACGCCUCCGGUGCAUGGAGGAGAAGGAGAUGUUCGAGCUGCAGUGCCUGGCCCUGCGUAAAGACUCCAAGAUGUACAAGGACCGCAUUGAGGCCAUCCUGCUACAGAUGGAGGAGGUGGCCAUUGAACGGGACCAGGCCAUCGCCACACGGGAGGAGCUGCACCUGCAGCAUGCCCGGGGCCUGCAGGAGAAGGACGCACUGCGCAAGCAGGUGCGGGAGCUGGGUGAGAAGGCGGAUGAGCUGCAGCUGCAGGUGUUCCAGUGUGAGGCGCAGCUACUGGCCAUGGAGGGCAGGCUCAGGCGGCAGCAGCUGGAGACUCUCGUGCUGAGCUCCGACCUGGAGGAUGGCUCACCCAGGAGCUCCCAGGAGCUCUCGCUCCCCCAGGACCUGGAGGACACCCAGCUCUCGGACAAAGGAUGCCUGGCCGGUGCGGGGAGCCCGGAACAGCCCUUUGCACCUCUGCACCAGGAACAGCUUUCACGGACCCCCCAUGACGCAGGCCUGAGCAGCGGGGAGCCGCCUGAGAAGGAGCGGCGGCGCCUCAAGGAGAGUUUCGAGAACUACCGCAGGAAGCGCGCCCUCCGGAAGAUGCAGAAAGGCUGGCGGCAGGGGGAGGCGGACCAGGAGACCACCGGCAGCGACAACACGGACACUGAGGGCUCCUAGCCGCGGCAGCGCAGGCCCCGUCCAGGGCACACCCACCGGCCGGGCCUCCCGCCACCUGGGGGUGCCGACGCCCUGGGGCGCAGACUUCCCCGAGCCGUCGCUGGCUUAGCCUGGAAGGAGGAAUCUAGUGCCCUGAAAGACUGAGCCGGGCAGCCUGACGUUGGGGGCUGUUUGUGAAGCGGCACUCAGCUUGAGGAGGCCAUGCGGGUGCUCGCCACCCCCAUGCACACGCCAUCUGUGUAACGUCAGGGUCUGUUCUGUUUCACCAUGUAACACACAAUACAUGCAUGCAUUGUAGAAGUGUGAGAAAACACGGCAGCUUAAAUAAAUAAACAGCACGGGUGACCCGCA